UAUCAGAAUGAUAGGUACUUCAGUUAUUCACAUUAAGUUUGACUAUAAAUUUGACAGCCAACAAAUAAACAUACUGUUAGAAUAUAAUAACUUCAUUAAAGAGAUAGCCUGCGUGACGAAUAUCAUCAAUCUGUUCGGUUUAUUUAUCAACAAGCGAAAUUAGUAGGUAGUUCCAGUAGUACAGGUACGAUUUCAAGGAUUUCUAACAAAAGUAAAAUGGCUCCAACGUAUAAACUUUAUUAUUUCGAUACACCUGGCCGUGGUGAAAAAAUUCGAUACAUAUUUGCUUACGCAAAACAGGAUUUUGAGGAUAUUAGAAUUACCAAAGACCUAUGGCCGGAGUUUAAAAAAAAAACACCCUAUGGACAGGUUCCAGUUUUAGAAAUUGAUGGUAAACCAAUAGCGCAAAGUUUUUCUAUUUGUAGAUACUUAGCAAGAAAAUUCAAUCUUGAUGGGAAAAAUGAGUUAGAGGCUCUGGAAUGUGACUCAAUGGUAGAGACACUAGGAGACCUAAUACAAAAAAGCAAGAAGUAUCUUACUGAGACUGAUCCCAAACAGAAAGAAAUUGAGAAAAGAAAACUUUUUGAAGAAGACGUACCAUUUUUCUUCAAAAAAUUCGAGGACAUUGUUUCGAAAAAUGGCGGAUAUACCGUAGGAUCACAGAUUACCUGGUCUGAUUUCCAUUUUGCCAAUAUCUUACCGGAAUUUGAAAAAAGCUCACCUGGAUUGCUGAAGUCCUAUCCAGCACUGAACGGCCUUAUUGACAAAGUCAGCAGUUUACCUAGUAUCAAAGAAUGGAAAGAAAAAUCAGCACAACUGAAGAAAUACUACGUUCCUUAAUUUUUUAUGUUUCUUAAAACUUCUGUCAUCUUUUAUUUUAUAAUAAGAAUAAACAAUAAAGUAUA